AUGGAGAAGCCGAGCACGCUCGUGGCGCCGGUCACGCCGUCGACGGGGUACGUCAAGGACGAGGACGGGAAGGCGCCGCUGUACCCGAUGCACAUCAACCUCAACGUGAUCAACAACGCGCCACCGCGCAUCAACACCAACUACCCGCGGGCGGACCCGUUCGGCUUUGAGAUGGACAUGAAUACGCCGUGCGAGAGUCCCGUGUACAGCGACGCGCAGACGCCCGGCGGGUCCAUCGACGUCUCCAAGAAGCAGCGCCACAACUUGCGUGAGCAGCGACGAAUCUUUCGCAUUGGCACGCAGUUUGAGCAGCUCAAGAAGAAGCUUGAAGGCGUCGGGUUUGUCUCGUCCAAGAAGGACAAGCACAGCAUCCUCCAGGCGACGAUCGAAUACAUUGCCGCGCUCGAGCGCGAAGCCAACGCGGCCGGCAUUGGGCCGCCGCCGCCCCCGACGACCGGUGGCAGCUGCAAGGUCGCGACGCCUGCAACGUUGCCCCGCGGCCACUCGAAAGAAAAUUCGAUGCUCAGCAUGAACGCGUCCAACCACUACAUGUUUAACGCGAUGGCGUCGCCCGUGCCGACGCCGAUGGCCAUGGACUACAUGUGGGCGCUGCCGACGGGCGCGCCGCAAGUGCUCCCGGCCGCCCCGCUCGAGACCGUGGACGAGUCGUCGGCGACGUUCAAGAACGUGUUUUUCCAAUCGAGCAUGCCCGCGCUCAUCACCAAGCUCGACGGCACGAUCGUGGAGGCAAACCACUUGUUCUUGGAGCUCUCGCAGGCCAAGUACGACGAGCUGCGCCUCCACAGCCUGUACACCAUGUGCGCGCCGUCCGACGCGCCCAAGAUGCACACGCUCGUCGCCAAGAUCCUCAGCUGCGAAGUCAGCUCUGCCCAAGCCAAGAUGUCGUGGCGCUUUGGGUCGAGCUCGCUCGAGCGCAAGGUGUUUGUGUCGGUCUCGGUCAUCCGCGACGACGCUAUGCAGCCCGUGAACGUGCAGUGCUGCAUCCUGCCCCUGUCCUAA